GAUCCAAAGCGAAACGCUGAAUCGUACCCAUCCUGAUGGCCCAGAUCCUGCUGACGUCAUCCUCCAUCAACCCCGCAAAUUCCCCCACCAACGGAACACUAAGGGCUCGUCCUCCGCCUCCGCCGCCGCGGCUGCCUCGGCGUCGGUGGCAGGCGCCGCCGUACGCCACCGCGCUCCUUUCCUCGCCGCCGCCAUCAAGCGCUCUCCGCGGGACAUCUACAGGACGGCUACUCGCCCGCCGGAGCCCUUGACCUCCUCGCCUCCGGGCGACCCAGACCUGGCGCGGCUCUUCGUCGGGCUCGCACGCUCUAUUCGAUCCGUGCGGGUGCGACCGGGCGAUCUGAAGUCUCGCUGAGCAUCAGGCCUUUUUCGGUCACAUGGAAGACAAUGAUGACAGGGCGUCAGCUGAGAUUACCACUGACCAAGAGAAUCAUCUCAAGGACGCCUUAAUCCAGGUGUUUGCUGCUACUUCUGAACACCAAGAAGGUGAAGGUGAAGCUGCAGAGGUUGUGCAGGAUGAAGAGAUUGGUGAAGGUGUGGAGGGUGUGCGGGAUGAGGAGAUUGGAGAUAUCAAUUCGAAGCCCGACAAACCAUAUGUUGGCAUGGAGUUUCGUGACAAGGACGAGGCAAAGAACUAUUAUGAUGACUACGCGAGGAAAUGGGGUUUCAUAACAAAGAUUUCAAGCUGUAGAAGAAGCCAGAUCACAAAGCAAUACAAUCGGUAUGAGUUCGCUUGCCACUCCGAGCGGAGCUCGAGGGAAUCUGGUGCUAGUGCUGGCAGCAGGUCAAGGAGGUCCAGUAGAGUUCUGAAGACAGGUUGUAAGGCAAGAAUGGUGGUUGUGAAGAGGGAUGAGAAGUGGGUGGUCACCAUAGUAGAUCUGGAUCACAACCAUCCACCUUUGAACCCUUCUGCACUUAUGUCCUUAAAGCCUCAUCGCCUCAUAAAAGAUGAAGAUCAUGAUCUCUUAGAGUUUCUGCGCACAAACAAGAUACCCACGCAGAGGAUCAUGUCUGUUCUCUGUGAUUUGUAUGGAAGCAUGCAAAACAUCCCUCUUGCAAGGAAAGAUGUGAGCAACCUGAGGGCGACCAUGAGGCCAGAGGCUGAGGGCACCUGCACUGAUAUGGCAGCUACAAUCAAAUACUUCCAAGAAUCGCAAGCAGAUGACCCAUCAUUCUUUUACAGUAUGGAAUUGGACAGCGAAAGCAAAAUUACCAGCGUCUUUUGGGUGGAUGGAGUAUCAAGGGAAGCAUAUAGAGAAUUUGGUGAUUGCGUGUUUUUUAACACAAAAUACAUCACAACAAAGUACUGUCUUCCAUUUGCGCCCAUUAUUGGUAUGAACAAUCAUGGGCAGACUGUGCUUUUCGGGUGUGUGUUGCUGAAGGCUGAAAUUGAGGAGACAUUUGAAUGGGUGUUUCAGACUUUUCUUAAGGCCAUGGAUGGGAAAGUGCCAAAGAGUAUCAUGACCGAUCAAGAUGAAGCAAUGGAGAACGCAAUCGCAAAUGUUUUGCCAAACACAUCUCAUAGGCGUUGCUCAUGGUACAUAUGGAGAAAUGCUAAGUUCAAGCUUGGUGUGCUGCCGUCUCGGUUGGAAGGGUUUGAAGAUGACCUAAGACAUUGCAUUGACGAGUCAUUUAAUGUUGAAGAGUUUGAAAGAAGAUGGGCUGCUGUGCUUGACCGAUACAAUUUGGCAAGCAACAAGUAUAUGCAGGACCUCUACGAAAUCAGAGAAAAAUGGGUUCCAUGCUAUUUCAUGGACUGCUUCUUCCCAUUUAUGAGCAUUACCCAACAGAGUGAGGUGAUGGAAGCAUUGUUCAAGGAUUUUGUCCACCCUGGGGACAUCAUCCAGAACUUCAUCGUGCAAUAUGAGAAGCUCGUUCAAUCUUGUCUGGACAGGGAUGAUAAACAGCUCUUUCUUACUGUCAAAACAGAUGCAAAUUUGUGGUCCAAAUUUCCAAUGGAGGAGCAAGCAUCAAAAUUCUACACUCGUGCAAUAUUUGAGAGGUUUCAGGAGCACCUCAAGAACACUACUAUGUACAAUGUAGUAUGCGAGGCAACCCCUUAUUCCUAUUUGGUCCAAAAUGUGUUUGGUGACCAAAGCCAGAACAGAAGAUAUGUUGUUCAUUGCAAAUUGGAGGAUGAGACCUUCACAUGUGUUUGCAAGCAGUAUGAGAGGGAAGGAUUACUCUGUGAGCAUAUCCUAAAGGUGAUGACACAUAGGAAUGUCAAUCUGAUACCAGAUAAAUACUUGUUCCGUAGGUGGACUCUGAAGGGAUCAGACAGUGCUGCUACACGAAGUCAUGUACCUUUGAACAUGGCUGAAGCGUCCACUAGGAAAAUGAGGUAUUCAACAAUUUGCAAGAAAUCAGUGUGCAUGGCAAGUGAGGCAUGUAGAACACAGGAAGGAUACAAUCUAGCCCUCCGUUCAAUUGAAGAACUGACUGACAAGCUUGCCGCUAUUAACUUGACCCGACAAGAUCAACACCUUCCUCGGCCCAACAUUUGUGAUAAGAAUGGGAAAGGGAUCACCAUGGGUGAGAGUAAUACGAUAGCUGAGAAGGUGCUUUCAGAAAGCUGUCUAAAAGAUCCAACAAAAAUCAGGCCUGCUGCGUUUGACAAUAAUAGUGAGUCAGCAAGAAAGAGAAACAAAGUGAUGAAAGCGGUGCAAGAUCUCAGGAGUCCAUUUCAGGUAACAAAACUGACGGAUUGAAGUACAGGGUAUCAGUCCAUCCUUGAUGUCUGAUUAUGUAAAUGCAAUAGUGUCCUUGUGCCCCCUUCUCUUAACUCGCUGACCUGUAAGGAAAGAAGGAUUUGCUGCACAUGGGAGAACGGUGCUAGCCUUGUUGACUUCUUCUUUUUUUCUUUUUUUUUUUUUAGCAAAUGCCCUGCUGGAGUUAAUGUGCUAUAACGUCAUUUUGGCACUUUGGUAGUGAUUGCGCUCUUCCGUAUCUGAAAUUCUUUUCUUCCAGUAGCAUAGCAUGUCUGCAAUGCAAUGUUGAGGUCUAGGAACUGGUAGACUAUGGUUAAAGUUUAACUGAAACAUUUGGAGACUCUAAAGUACCCUUACGAAAUCUGAAUUUGCUGCUGUAGAUAUUGCUAAUUUUUUUUAUAAAAUUGGUCAAACUUCAA